GCCCUCAAUGGAGUACUGCGCCUACAUCUAGGACAUUUUUGCUGUUAUGAACACAUUACUUACAACUACAGAUGUGAGGACUAUCAAACGCAAACGCAAAUUCAUCGAGAAGUAGACAAUGGAGCGCUUGACUUCAAAAUUCGAGGCACUCUCGCAUCAGGAAAAGCAAAUGUUACGAUGACGUGUAGCGACUAUUACAAAUCACGCGUUUACGGUGUUGCAUUUAAAAAAGGAAAGACAGCCUUGGUUCAUGUCAACAACAGCACAGGCCCUGCUUGGUUAGAUCCACAAUAUAUGAAACGCGUCAAGACAGAGGUACACAGUCUUCAUUCGGGCAAUGUGAAAGUGUCUCUAACUUUGUUAAAGAUAACUUGUAGCGAUGAGGAUCUUUACGAAUGUGAAAUACAAAGAAUACCUUCUUCAAAAUCAAUUCAGAAAUAUUUUAGGAUAUUAUCAAGACCAGGUCCUCUCAAGAUGGAAAAUAUAAACAACACAGUGCCUCACACGGAUGUCUUAUUAGAAAUACGAUGCGGCGGUAUGGUUGGAAACCCACCCGGUAACAUCACAUGGUAUCGACAGCGACGUCAAGACAGCGGUUGGAUCCGCCUUUGUGGCGAAAAUAUCAGCCAAACGGAACCACGACUUAACAAAACAUCAUGUCAGUAUCAUCGAAGCAGUACCCUUCAUUAUAUAUUAACGAAAGUUGAUAUCGAUUUAGUCAUCAAAUGUUCCGUCAAUAAUGGCGUCGAUGGUAAUACCGUAGAGGUUACGGGAGAGUUUGGUGUGGACGAACUGGGUGUCGAGGAAAUUGCUGGUAUAACCGCUGGCUGUUUACUUGCAGCAUUGAUAUUAUUAGGGUUUUGUUGUUGGUGUCAAAGGCGGAAACAGUAUUCAGAGGAUGACAGUGAUGAUGAAGAUGAGAAACAAAGAAUGGAACCCGACUCAGAAAUUCCAAUGUCCAAAAUGUCAAAGCCUAAUGCUCGAACCAAACGCAAAUUCACCAACGCCGAUGACAAGUAUUCUAUGUAUAUGAAUACUCGUGCUGCGAGUAACCAGUCCCGGUUCGGCACUUCCCAGUACCCAGGAGUCGCAUCAAUCCAAUUAGGGAAGUCUAUCAUGGGAGGAAGUCAGACUAUAGGAUAAGACUGAAGUAAUCAAUGCAGAAGCAUAAACGCAGAAAUCACUAAAGUAAAUUCUAGAGAUGUGCUGUUCCAUCGCGUAUAAGAUCGACUGAAAUUAAGUGUAUACCCAUCAUAUAUAUAUAUAUAU